ACUAGGAGGCGCUAGUAGCUAAAGUCACUGCAAUUAUUUUUCAGUGCCUACUUACGGGAAAGUAAAUAGAUUUCUUUAAAAAUUGCCUAGAAGCAAAUGUUUAAAUGUAGUGAAUGAUGAAAAGUGUUAAAGUGGCGAUAAAGUGAGUGAAAACAGUGAUGAGAAUAAUUAAACUGUGUGCCUUAUAAAACAAAAAGCUAUCAUCGCGUUCUAUACCCAACGCCAUUUUGAGGCGAAUUUUUGUAUUGUAAGUGCCAAGUAUUUCGCAAUAAUUUCAAUUUCCACCCCCAAAAAGGGGUGGUGAAAAAAGAUAUUCAAAUUGGUUGAUGUGAAAAGAGAAUCUGUGGGCGGUGACCCAGAACGAAACGUAUCGGAGACGGGAGCUGCGAACGUAGAUGUCCUGAGGUAGAUAGCGGUUGCGGAGGAUGGCCCCAGGCGGCAAGAGCGCUCUAAUUAACUGACGGACGCUGCCGGCUUACAGCUGGCGCAAGCUAAAAAGAUGCCUCGUCCAGGCAGUCUUAAAGAUCCUGACAUAGCAGAGUUGUUUAGUAAACAUGAUCCUGAGAAAAUCUUUGAAGAUCUCAGGGAGAUUGGGCAUGGCUCCUUUGGUGCAGUGUAUUAUGCUCGCUGCAACCUCACAAAGGAGAUUGUUGCUAUUAAAAAGAUGUCCUACUUGGGAAAACAAAGUGAGGAGAAAUGGCAGGACAUCUUGAAAGAAAUAAAAUUUCUCAAACAAUUGGAGCAUCCCAACACCAUUGAGUACAAGGGAUGUUAUAAACGUGAACACACAGCAUGGCUGGUUAUGGAGUAUUGUGUGGGGUCCGCUUCUGAUAUCAUUGAGGUUCAUAAGCGACCUUUACGUGAAGAAGAAAUUGCUGCAAUAUGCGAAGGCGUAGUAUGCGGCUUAUCCUACCUCCACAGUCUCGGUAGAAUACAUCGUGAUAUCAAAGCUGGUAAUAUUCUUCUUACCGAGAAUGGUACUGUGAAGCUGGCCGACUUUGGAAGCGCAAGUAUUAAGUGCCCGGCGAACAGUUUCGUUGGCACGCCUUAUUGGAUGGCGCCUGAAGUUAUAUUGGCCAUGGAUGAAGGAGAGUACGACGGAAAGGUGGAUGUAUGGUCUCUCGGUAUAACAUGUAUUGAGUUAGCUGAACGGAAACCGCCAUAUUUCAAUAUGAAUGCAAUGUCAGCAUUAUAUCAUAUUGCACAAAAUGACUCCCCUACUCUACAAGCGCCAGAAUGGACCGACACGUUCCGCUACUUUGUGGAGGCGUGCCUGCAGAAGAACCCGCCGGACCGGCCAUCGUCCACCAAACUGCUGUCGCAUCCUUACAUCACGCGGCCGCGCUCGCCCAACGUGCUCGUCGACCUCAUACAGCGAACCAAGGCGGCCGUGCGAGAUCUGGACAACUUGAACUACCGCAAGAUGAAGAAGAUACUAAUGGUCGAUGGGGACAAUGAGAGUGCUAUCGGUGAUAGUGAGGAAACACCAGAGGAGCCGUCAGGCGGCGACAGUUCCAAGUCGAAUUCUGCGACGUCGGAGCACAGCGCGGCCGGCGCCUCCAGCCAGAGCUCGUCCUCCGGCAGCCUGAGGAGGAGACCUCAUGCAAUGAACGCUAAUCACCAGAAUCAACAACAACCCGUUUACCAGCAGUACAAUCACCAACCAUCUCAUCAAACAAGAGGCGAGAGCCCCGCGUCGCACGACGACUACGUGAACAGGGAGGUGUUGCGCGACUACGCGAACAGGGACUCGCUGUGCGACGACUACGGCGACGACUACGCGAACAGGGAGGCGAUACGCGAGGCGCAGCGCGAGCGGGAGCGCGAGCGGCAGGCGAACGAGUACCGCGAGUACGUGAACGCGCCCGCCGCCUGGCACGACACCGCCGGCGACGACAACAGGAACACGCAGCGCAGGCAGACGCAUAGAGAUGUAUCGUCGGUCGCGAUAUCUUUGGUGUCCGAGCAUGGCGCAAAUAACUUUGCUACAAUAAGAACUACCAGUAUUGUCACUAAGCAACAAAAAGAGCAUAAUCAAGAGAUGCACGAGCAGAUGUCGGGCUACAAACGAAUGCGGCGCGAGCACCAGGCGGCGCUGCUGAAGCUGGAGGAGCGCUGCAAGGCGGACGUGGACGCGCACAAGGCGCAGCUUGACCGCGAGUACGACGCGUUGCUGCAGCAGCUGUCGCGCGAUCUCGAGCGCUUGCAGACAAAACACAUACAAGAGCUGGACCGCAAGCAAAAGCAAAACGCGGCAGCCGAGAAGAAACUGAUCAAGGACAUCACGGCGAGACAGGAGCAAGAGCGGAAGGCGUUCGAGGCGCAACGCAAGCGGGAGUACAAGGCCAACAAGGAGAGAUGGAAAAAGGAGCUCAGCAUGGACGACGCCACGCCUAAGAGACAACGGGACGCGACGUUGCAGUCACAAAAGGACAACAUGAAGCAAGCGGAGGCGGCGGAGGAAGCGCGGUUGGUGCGGUCUCAGCGCGAGUACCUCGAGCUGGAGCUGCGCCGCUUCAAGCGCCGGCGCAUGCUCGCGCUCCACCACAAGGAGCAGGAGCUGCUUAGGGAGGAGCUGAAUAAGCGACAACAGCAAUUGGAACAAGCGCACGCAGUGUUGCUGCGUCAUCACGAAAAGACACAGGAGCUGGAGUACCGGCAACAGAAAGGAGUGCAUGCAUUGAGGGAAGAACAGUUAUCUAACCAACAUGCGACAGAGUUAGCGAAUCAGCGCGACUACAUGCAGAGGGCCGAACACGAGUUGAGAAAGAAACACGCGUUACAGCUCAAACAGCAACCCAAGAGUCUAAAGCAAAAAGAAAUGCAGAUACGUAAACAAUUUAGAGAAACAUGCAAAAUACAAACGCGUCAGUACAAAGCACUCAAAGCGCAAAUAUUACAAACGACGCCUAAGGAACAACAAAAAGAAGUGAUUAAGUCAUUGAAGGACGAGAAGCGACGUAAACUGGUGUUGCUUGGUGAACAGUAUGACCAAAGUAUUAGUGAGAUGUUGCAGAAGCAGACUGUGCGUCUGGACGAGAGUCAGAUGAUGGAGUGCCAGCAGCUGAAGAUGCAGCUGGAGCACGAGCUGGACAUGCUGACGGCGUACCAGAGCAAGAGCAAGAUGCAGGCGGAGGCGCAGCGCAACCGCGAGCGCCGCGAGCUCGAGGAGCGCGUCGCCGUGCGCCGCGCGCUGCUCGAGCAGAAGAUGGAGUCGGAGUGCGCGCAGUUCGUGGCGGAGCGCGCGGAGCGGACGCGCAUGCUGCACGACCGCCACGAGCGCGAGCUCGAGCAGUUCGACAACGAGAGCGCGCGCCUCGGCUUCAGUGCAAUGGCGAUAGCGGAGGGAAGCCGGGAGGGCUACGGUGAAGAGGAGCAGUCACUCUCUGGCUCCAUGCUGUCUCUAGCACAUAGCAACUCAUCAGCAAGCUUUCCUGCGGGUUCACUCUAAUUUCACCUUUAUGUCAUUUCAAUAAAGAACGAGGCGAAUCACUGUUUAAAAAAUUACCCUUGUAAUAGCACUAAAACGCCAUUAGUAUCCGUUAACAAUUUUUGUUGGCAUUGCUAGCUUCAAAUAAUUUACGAUAUGAAGAAAACAUUAAAUCGAAACACUUUAAAUUGACAUUUUACCUCGCUUCUAAGUGGCUUCUCACAUCUAUCUUGCACAAUUCCACAUUUAACAGUUUCCCAUGUCAUUGUGUAUUUUAAAGUGAUUCAUCAUCAAGGUGAUCUUUCAGAGUGCAGAUAACACAAAUAAAUAAGUCUUAUAAUGGUUUAGUUAAAGUUCUCAGACGGUUUUAAAGCUUUGUAGUAGUGGCUCCUAGAUUGCUAUACUUAGAAAAUGUUACAGUGGAAUGUUGAAGAUAAUUAUGCAGUAUGCCACUUUAUAUCUCAUCCAUUUAACCAUCAACGUAUCUAUGAUAAAAAGUACAAUUGCCACAAAAUUUUUAAUUCGUACUAGUGUACAAAACUUGUUGUUUAAUAAAAUAAAAAUAUACACUGAUGAAUAAAAGGUUCAUUGAAUACGCAAUUACGUAUUUCACUUUCAUUCAUAAUGUUGUGGUUUUAAAAUUAAAAAUAUUCAUAGUUUUUACCGUACAGGGUUGUCAACGGUAUUAUAAAAUUAUUGAGUGUAAGAAUUUUUCAAAAUCGUUUUGUGCAUUAUCUUGUAUCAUUUUACUAUUGCUUAUUCCAUUCUAUAUCUGAGACUGUACAGCCCUCCUGUUAUAUCAUAUAAACAAGUGUCUUAUUUACUUGUUUGCUUAUCACACAACUUGAAGCAUUACCUCGUUCUCUAUAAAGUAAAAUAUUGCACGGUUUUUAUUGUGACAGCACUCACGUGUUUUUUACAAGAAAUUUUUAUAAUUUUAUUAAAUUUUUUUGUUAACUGUCUUCCAAGAGUAUGUCAGUAUUCGUGUAGCCAAUAUCUUGAAGAUUUUGAGGGCAUUUCCUAUUAUAUUACGUCAUUAAGUUUAUUGCACUCCAUUAUUGAUUUACUUGUGUGUAUGUAACGGUAUCUUGACGAUGUUUUAUAUUGAACGAUUUGAAAAUUUUAUGAUUUUUGAAACAUAAAAUAAUGUAGGAAUGUUUUAUUUAUAUACGCUGUUGCAUCUCGCAAACUUUUUGUAUAUUAAUGAGGGUGUGUAAAAAUGUGUGGAUUAUAUAACGUGGACAAGAGACGCUUUUACUAGAUUUUACUCGAACACGAAUUAGCUCCGCCGUUAACGAUGUUCUCUUUAGGUGGAAAAAAAUUGUUUUGGUGAUUCCAGAUUGUUCGACAGCUUUUAAUUUCGGGACACGUCGCGCUUCAAUCAACGAAUUUUAUUCAAAGAUCAAAAUUAGACCGUCCAAAUUAAAUGUCCGCGCGGCAAACGGACGACGGAGCUAAUUCACACAUAGAGCAUGUUGUUCUCUUUACUAGUUCUCUCAAUCUAUCUUGUAUAAUAAUGUAGGCUAUUAUAAGUUUAUAGUUGUUUUAGUAAAAUUUCCAUCUUGAUAGUUUCGCAUUACUCAAGAUCGAGAAGUUGCCGAAGCGACAUGAACGCGUCAAGUGGUAUUGUAAGGUAAACUUUGUAGUGUAGCCGAGCAAUGUUGAUCCUCAAAGCGUACGCUUAAGAUAUUUGACGAAAGGCAUUAUGAGUUGGCGUCCCACGCGCCCCAGCCGCCGUCGACCGAUACUGUUAUUAUUUAAAGUUUAGAUAGUCAAAAUUUUAAUCUUCAUAUCAUUAGUUUUUACUUUUAGGGGCAAUUUAUUCUUGUAGCGUACGUUGAAUUUUUUAACUAGCGGACUGAUCGUAUUCGUUUAUGGCCUAGAACUGUGUUUAUUAGAUGUUUAGACAGUUUUUUUUGUAAUACGAUGUUAUUAUGCUUGCGUUAGAUGAUUUUUUAGAUUUUAAUAAUCACGCUUUAUUGAUCAUAACAAAAUGCAGGUGCUGUUUAAUAAAAAAAAUAUAACCGACUGCCAAUUAUGUUUUGUAAAUAUAAAUAUAUAUGUGUAUUAAUUAUUAUUAUUAACAUGUAUAAGUGAGCAAAGAUAUUGCCUUCCGGCGCUGGGGCUAGCGGCUUGACGUUUGUGUAUAUAAAGAACAAUAAUAUAUAAUAAUUAACUAUAGAUAGUAUACUUUUGUAAGGUGCGAGUGUGGUUUGUGUACAUUCGAAAUGGGAAACAAUGUGCUAUUUUAUUUGUUUAUUAGAGGUCUAAUACGUUGUAUUUGUCACCUAAGCUUACCAGUCAUGUGUAUAGACGACUAUACUAUUUAAUUUAGCGCCGAUUUAGUCAUAAAUAUCCAAAUUUAGUUAAAACUAAUCAUUAAUUGAGAAAAUAAUUAUUUUUUAAUUUCUAAUAUCACAUUGCUUGUAAGCAUCACACGAUGUGAUCGUUUUGUAUUAUUUGAGUCUGUUAGUAUUAAAAUUUUUAAAUAUACAAGAAAACUGUAAAGAGAUGAGUUGAAAUUAUAUAUAUUAUGUACAUUACUACGUUGGAAUAUCGUAUUGUAUUGUAUGUGUAAACAUAUAAAGGAAAAUGUAUGCGUAAUGCCUUCUAACAACUGCUCGA